AUGUCAAAAGAAGAAUUUAUGAUAAAACCAGAACUGGUUACUCCUACAAAUAAUACUUCAGAAUGGCCAUUAUUAUUAAAAAAUUAUCAUAAAUUAUUAGUUAGAUCUGGUCAUUAUACUCCAAUACCAUCAGGUUCAUCACCAUUAUCAAGAGAUUUAAAAUCAUACAUUUCAUCGGGAGUUAUCAAUUUAGAUAAACCAUCAAAUCCUUCUAGUCAUGAAGUUGUAGCAUGGAUUAAAAGAAUAUUAAGAGUUGAAAAAACUGGGCAUUCAGGUACUUUAGAUCCAAAAGUUACUGGUUGUUUAAUUGUUUGUAUUGAUAGAGCAACAAGAUUAGUCAAAUCUCAACAAGGAGCUGGAAAGGAAUAUGUUUGUAUAGUUAGAUUACAUGAUCAGUUAAAAGAUGCAAAAGAAAUGAAUAGAAGUUUAGAAAAUUUAACUGGUGCUUUAUUUCAAAGACCUCCUUUAAUUUCAGCAGUUAAAAGACAAUUAAGAGUUAGAACAAUUUAUGAUUCAAAAUUAAUUGAGUUUGAUAAUAAAAGAGGUUUGGGUGUAUUUUGGGCUUCUUGUGAAGCUGGUACUUAUAUGAGAACUUUAUGUGUUCAUUUAGGUAUGUUGUUAGGUGUAGGUGGCCACAUGCAAGAAUUAAGAAGAGUUAGAUCGGGAGCAAUGAGUGAAUCUGAUAAUAUGGUUACGUUACAUGAUGUUUUGGAUGCUCAAUAUGUUUAUGAUAAUACUCGUGACGAAUCAUAUUUAAGAAAAAUUAUUCAACCUUUAGAAACUUUACUAGUUGGUUAUAAAAGAAUUGUUGUUAAAGAUUCUGCUGUUAAUUCAGUUUGUUAUGGUGCUAAAUUAAUGAUACCUGGUUUAUUAAGAUAUGAAGAAGGUAUUGAGUUAUAUGAUGAAGUUGUAUUAAUUACAACAAAAGGUGAAGCUAUUGCUAUUGCAAUUGCUCAAAUGACUACUGUUGAUUUACAAGCUUGUGAUCAUGGAAUUGUAGCAAAAGUUAAAAGAUGUAUUAUGGAAAGAGAUACUUAUCCAAGAAGAUGGGGAUUAGGACCAGUUGCACAAAAAAAGAAGCAAUUAAAAGCUGAUGGUAAAUUAGACAAAUAUGGUAGAAUUAAUGAAAAUACACCUGAAAAUUGGAAAAAAGAUUAUAAAGAUUUAGAUGAAGUAGCUCCACCACCUGUUCCUGAAGAUAAAUUAAAAGCUCCAGCAAUACAGGAACCAAAAAUAACAAAACCAAAAGAAGAACCAGAAGAACCAGAAGAACCAAAAGAAGGAAAGAAGGAAAAGAAGGAAAAGAAGGAAAAGAAGGAAAAGAAGGAAAAGAAAGAGAAGAAGGAUAAAAAACGUAAAUCUGAAGAUGAUGGUGAAAAGAAGAAAAAGAAAUCUAAAAAAGAAUAG